UGGGAUUGCAGGCACACACCGUGAUGCCUGGCUACUUACUGUAUUUUUAGUAGAGAUGAGGUUUCACCAUGUAGGCCAGGUUGGUCUCAAACUCCUGAUCUCAAGUGAUCGACCCACCUCAGCCUCCCAGAGUGCUGGAAUUACAGGCGUGAGCCACUGUGCACAGCCAAGACCCCAUUCUCGCAAAAAAAAAAAAAAGAGAGAGAGAGAGAGAAUUAGCUAGUCGUGAUGGUGUAUGCCUGCAAUCCUAGCUGCUCAGGAGGCUCAGGCACGAGAAUCGCUUGAACCCAGGAGGCAGAGGCUGCAGUCAGCGAAGAUUGUGCCACUGCACUCCAGCAUGGGCAACAGAGCGAGAUCCUGUCUCAAAACAACAAAAACCCAAUUACAUUGCACUCUACGGAGACUGUAUAUCCACAACCUCCCUCCCAUUUCGGUCCCACAUCAGCCUUUGAAUAGGAUUUUUACUAUCUGAUUUAAAUAGAGAAUGUUUUUUGUUUGUUUUUGUUUUUGAGAUGUCACCUAGGCUGGAGUGCAGUGGCACGAUCUCGGCUUACUGCAACCUCUAUCUCCGGGUUCAAGGGAUUCUCCUGCCUAAGCCUUCCAAGUAGCUGGGAUUACAGGCACGUGCCACCACGCCCUGCUAAUUUUUGUAUUUUUGAUACAAAAAUAGAGAUGGGUUUUGCCAUGUUGGCCAGCCUGGUCUCGAACUCCCGACCUCAAGUGAUCCACCCGCCUCGGCCUCCCAAAGUCCUGAGAUUACAGGCGUGAGCCAUCGCACCCGGUCUGAGAAUGUGAUUAUUCUAUUCAUGAAGGUUGCUUAAAUAUUGGGGUCCAGACCUAGAUACUACAACGUUCCAGAUCUGUUCUGAUCACUGCUUUGCCACAUCCCUAGUAAAUCCACAGCUCUAGUCUGGUGGGCCGCGUGCAAUUCCCUUGUUUUCUUACAGGCACUGCCGAAAAGGGCAGAGCAGAGCGCGCAGCUCGCGGGCAGGGACCGCUUCUCCAGCAGGGGGCGCGUGCGUGAAGCUAGGUUUGUGCAAGCCGAGCCAACGUCGGGGCGGGAACAACCCUGGCCCAGCCCCCGCCGGCUGCAGCGCCUUGUGAUUGGAGAAGGAAACGGUCACUUGGCGGCACCGUUCGGAUUCAGGGAAGAGGGCCCGACUGGAGCUGACGCUGUUGCCCAGGACGGAAUGCAAUGGUGUCACUUCGGCUCACUGCAACCUCCCCCUCCUUGGGUUCAAGCGAUUCUCCUGCCUCAGCCUCCCGAGUAGCUGGGAUGAGGCGAGGAGGGUGCUGGGGGCUGCCCGCUGCCGCACUUAGGGCGCUCCUCCCUCAGCUCUCUGUGGUGAAUGGCAACGGGAUGGAGCGCGAGGGGAGCGGCGGCCGCGGCGUAUCGGCUUGGUUAUGGGCGUCCCAACUCCUGGCGGCGUCCCGGUGCGCCGCCGACCGGCUGGGUGGGCGCUGUCCUCCUGUACCGGGGGGGGGGGGGUCCCGCUGCUCACCCGGAGCCCCUCUCCUCGCCGGCCCGGAGCCCCGCUGGGCGUGAGGUGGGGGGAACGGCCGCCGGUGGGCUCGGGACUGGAGCCCUCUCGACCGCCACCCGAGCGGGUCUUGCCCUUUGGAGCUUCCGAGCGCCCCAGUUUCAGAGCUGCAACCCCCGUGCCCGGGAGGCGGUGGUCUCCGCCCUCUCUGGGUUGCUCCACCGCGUCCAGCCUCCUUCUAGGGGCCUUGGAGCUGCUCGGCCCGGCCGAGGGGUCAAAGCUCGCGCUCCCCUUGCCCGGGGUCUGCAGCCCCGCCCUUUGCACCGGCGGCUCCUCAGCUGAUCGCGGGCGCCUCGGGCCGAAUCCACCCUCUCCGAGACCCUCUCCGCUUUCCAGGAUUUUCUUUACGGGACCUGGUGCCACCUGUUGCCUUGUUCCCACUAAGCCAUCAAGAGCUUUGGCCCAGCUUCCUUUGAACUCUUCUGCCCCCUGCAGCAUGAGCUGGUUGUUCAGAGUUCCAGUGCCAGGAAGAACUGCCCGUGCUCGGAGAGCUGGAGGGAGGAGCGAGGAGGACUUCACCUGGGAAGACGGAGAAAGGCUUUGAGGGGAGGCGCAGUUAUUUGUGUUGACCUUGAAAGGUACCAGGUCAAGAUGCCAUGGUGAACAAAACAAAGCCCUUUCCCACAUGGAGCUCUCAUUCCAAUGGAGGGAGGGAGAAAACACACAACCUGCGGGAUGGAACAGCUGGUUACUAGAGAAGAAGACAGGAACCAGGAUGGGAAGAUGGACAUGUUACAUUUUAAGCUGGAGCUUCCCCUGCAGUCCACGGAGCACGUUCUCGGUGUGCAGCUCAUCCUGACUUUCUCCUAUCAGUUACACAGGAUGUCAACCUUCGUGAUGCAGAGCAUGGCAUUUCUUCAGUCCUCCUUUGCUAUCCCUGGAUCCCAGUUAUAUGUGAAUGGAGACCUGAGGCUGCAGCAGAAACAGCCGCUGAGCUGUGGCGGCCUCGAUGCCCGAUACAACGUAUCCAUGAUCAACAGGACCAGCCCCUUUGCCUACGAUUAUGACCUCCUACAUAUUGUUGCUGCCUACCAGGAAAGGAACAGUGAGUCACAGAGAGAAAACAAGAACAUGGGUGACUCUCCCCACGUUAGCAGUCCAGCAGGAGAACAGGAGCGCCCAUGCUUCCUACUGGAAGGCGCAGUGUCCUCACUCCUUACAGAGCUGUAGGCCAUGGCAUGUGUUGACUCAGCACAUUUGGCUGGCUGGUGGCUGAGGUGUUCUCUAAAGGCAUCUACAGUAUUACUUGGCAACCAGAUAUCAUGGAGACGACACACAGACAUUUCACAGAGGGGACAACUACAAAUCCACCAUUGCUUUCUGAUUUUAUGUCAUACACUAGCAGCAGACAAUAAAAAGGGAAUUUUUAGACAAAACUAAAAAGCAUGGCUCAAGAAAUCUAUGUGUUGUUCUUUACUUUUUUCACUCUUUAUGUGGAUUUUUUAAAUAUACCUAUUAUGUUAGUAUUGAAACACUUUGGCAUUCACAUUAUUUGUAUUUCUAUGUAAUAUAAGUAUUUCCCUACGCUGCUACGAAGUUCUAAUUCUUUUUUUUCCCUAAACAGACAGUCUUGCUCUGAUGCUCAGGCUGGAGUGCAGUGCCAUAAUCAUAGCUGAUUGUAACCUCGAGUUCCUAUGGGUUCAGUGAUCCUCUCACCUCAGCCUACUGGGCUGCUGGGACUACAGGCAUGUGCCACUGUGCCCAGCUUUUUUUGUUUUUUGGUACAGAGAGGUCUCAAUAUGUCAGCCAAGCUGGUCUCAAACUCCUGGCCUCGAGUGAUCCUCCCACUUUGGCCUCCCAGAUCCUUGGCAUUAGGAGCCUAUACAACUUUGCCCAGCCAAACUGAUAUUAUUUAGAGUGGCAAUACAUUAUUCCUUCAGUUAGCCAUUCAACAUCUGUAGAUGAUCACACAACCACUUCUGAGUUUUUGACGUAUUUUAAUAUAAAUACUGUAUUAGUCCAUUCUCACUCUGCUAUAAAGACAUAUCCAAGACUGAGUAAUUUAUAAAGAAAAGAGGUGUAAUUGACUCACAGUUCUGCAUGGCUGGGUAGGCCUCAGGAAACUUACAAUCAUGGCAGAAGGCACCUCUUCACAGGGCAGCAGGAGAGAGAAUGAGAGCAGAGCUGAGGGGGAAGCCCUUUAUAAAAGCAUCAGAUCUCGUGAGAACUCACUAUCAUGAGAACAACACGGAGGAAACUGCCCCCAUGAUUCAUUUAUCUCCAUCUGGUCCUGCCCUUGAUAUGUGGGGACGUAUGAGAUUUGGGUGGGGACACAGAGCCAGACCAUAUCAAAUAUUUUGUUUGACAAGUAUCUUUUUUUU